ACUUGUUAGAUACGAUUCCGCGUAGUCGAAUUGUUACAUGGUUUUCUUUAGUUUGUUGUAAUACUGAGAUUUUAUUUGUCGAAGUGAUGAUUAACGAGUAUCGAUUGUUUUAAUAUAUUCAGAAAGACGUCUAAGAUGCAGCACACAAUAAGAAGAAGUGUGCAACACGUGUAGCACGUGCAGUGUUCAUUGAAUGCUUUUAUAAACAUUGAAUUUCUUGCAUUUUACUAUAAAAAUUCUUUAUAACAUUGGAGUCUACUUAUUACGACACUGGAUUUUCUUCUGCUCGUCACGCUUGUUUUAGAUUAUUUGUAGAUAUUGUAAUUAUAUAUAUUGAUAGCUUUUAUGAAAAUGGAAUCCUUCAAAUUAAAUAAAGGCUUUUUUGACUUGUGUGUAAAUGUACCGGAAGGAGGGAUAGAUAAUUUGAAUGAUAUUUUAUUGAGAUUAUAUGAAAUGGGUUAUAGAACAGUGGCAUUAAAUCAAACUGUAAAUGAGAGUGCCAUGGAUAGUGAUAAGAAAAAGAAGGAUGAGACUAAACAAAUAACAAGUGUGGUACCCGAUCCAAUUGAUGUUUCAAAACUGAAUGAAAAAUGGAAAGGAAAACUGAGUAUACUUAAUAGGCUAACAUUUAUUUGUUCAAGUUCUAUAAAAGCGCAUACAUUGGCACAAUGUCCAAAUUUGAGAAAAUAUGAUAUAUAUGCUCUUGUCCCAACCAAGCAAGAUAUGUUGGAGUUUGCUUGUCAAACCGUAAAAGUAGAUCUCAUUACGAUAAAGCCAGAAAUUUCUGGCAUAAAAAUAAAUCGAAAAGUAUAUCGGCAGGCAAUAGCAAGAGAUCUGUACUUUGAAAUACAGUACGUAGAUCUUUUGAGACCAGAAACACGCGUAGCGGCUCUUCAUCGUUCUUAUCAAUUACAAAUGUGCCGCGUAAGCAUGAAUAUAAUUAUAUCCAGUGGUGCAAACAAUAGGAAUUUAAUCAGGAGUCCUUAUGAUAUUAUAAAUCUUGGAUCUGUGUUGGGUUUAAAACGAGAUAAAAUAAAAUCAAUUGUAUUAAACGAAUGUCAACUUUUUCUUUUAAAAGCAAAAAAACGAAUAUUUGGCAAGUCAGUGUUUACGAUAGAGAUUGCAAAAAAAUCGAGUGUAGAUGAGGACGAAGAAACAGAAAAGAAGCGAAGAAAAAAGUCUCUAAAUUAA